AUGACAUCAUAUAAGAAAAUGGCGAUAAAGCCAACGGUUGCAUUCAGGGCUGUACUUGUUGGAGGAAUAGCAGUGUUCGCAAAAGUAGCUGGUGCAAUGAAGGCAGCUGGUGGUGCAAAGCUCGGUGCUGCUGCAACGGCUAUGACCAUGGCAGCUUCAGCAGCUAUGUCGAGCUCAAAGGAAGAGUCGUCCCCUUCCAAAUAAUCUUUUCAUUGUUUUGUAAAAUUUUCGUCAGAUAAGUCGGGAAAUGUAGUAAGAUUUCACCUUGUAGAACUAUGUAUCAGUCCUAAGAGAGGAUUUUUUUUUUUACGUUUUGCAUAAUACAGAUAAAAUAAUUCACCUCUCCUGAUGGUGUUUCUGAUGUGCUAUGUUACAGUUUGUGCCUCUCCUACGAUGGCUUCAUCAUUUGUUGCUCUUUUGGCAAAUCAAA